CAGCGUGAAGGGGGCGGGGCUCCUGGCUGAGCUCGAAGCAGGUGGGCGUGGUUUGUCGGAAUACGGGUGGUGAUGGGGGCUGACAGAAGGGAGGGAAGCGUUCUUCGGCGAGCCAAUGGAAACGCAGCUGAAGGUCGCGAGCGCAGUUCUACGAAGCGAGGCGCGCGGAUUGUAGGCUCAAGCCGUGCACGCGCGCUUGAUCUAACGCAAACACACACACACACACACACACACACACACACACAGAAAAAAGCGAGGUUUCUGGGAAUUCGAUUCCCGGAACGGCCGUCCGCUCGCACCUCGCGAGGGCGAUACGUUUACAGAAAAAACGCUUUUUCGCCCAGCUUUCUCUCAGAAACACAGCAAACUGUCGGAGCGCCCGCUCGUCGUUUCUGAAGCGACUGUGUCAACAUUUCGGCUACUUUUCCUCGUUUUCUUCCCCCGCAACUCUCUCGGCGCCGACAGCUCGGAAAGCGGCGUCGUUUAAGAUGUCGAGCGCUUUUCUUCAUCCGUGAUUCGCUUUUGUCGCCAUAUUACGGAGGGGGACAAUGUCAGCAGCAGCCGCGGCGGCUUUGGCUCUGGAGCGGACUCCGCGUAGCGGUCAUUCUCCGAUGUGCUGGAGUGAUUUAGGCUGUCACCGGGGGGACAGCUCGUGAUGCUCUGCUGUGUGCGAAGCGCUCCAUUGCCAGGGCCGUUCUCAGCAAUGGUUGCCGGGGGAGUGAGAGUUCAGAACGAUGGGGCGGGGUCUGAAGGCCGUUGUAACCAGCUCAUCCCUGUACAGUCCGUCUCUCCUCAGUCAUGGGAUCCAACAGAGGACCUAGGCUGCAUCACUGCUACAUUUCAGCACCUGCAUGCCUCAGGUUGGUACUGGGGGAGCAUUUCAGCCAGCGAAGCAAGGGAUGCUUUGGCAGGUGUGGCCGAGGGGACAUUCCUGGUGCGGGACAGCAGUCACCCACACUACUUACUCACCCUGUCAGUGAAGACAGCCCGGGGUCCCACCAACGUGCGCAUCGAGUACAGCAGAGGUCACUUCCGCUUGGACUCUAGCUCCCCUGCCUGCCCACGGCUGCUCUCCUUCCCCACUAUGCCCGGCCUAGUGCAGCACUAUGUGGGUGCCGGUGGGAGAGAUGACAGGGGCAAGCCAGGGGAAGAUGCUUCAGUGGCACUUAAGGACAGCGCUAUCCUGCUGAAGCUCAGGCAACCUCUCCACAGGCCUAAAAGCUUCCCUAGCUUACAGCACCUCACGCGGCUCACAAUAAACAGGCACACAGCCUGUCCAGCACAGUUGCCCCUGCCACGCCUGCUGUUGCUCUACUUACAAGACUAUCCCUUCCAAGUAUAAUGAGGAGCUUGGCUUCAAUCUAGAGUGCUAACUGGACCGCAUGUCUAUGCUCUCUCCUGGGAGAUACUGGACAAGCACUCUAGAAGAUGGAGUUUUGGAAUAGUGUAACGAUGGUGUCCAUGCAUAGUAGGAUUAUGGGUGGGUGGCUGAAGCCUGGCCACUCAUAAAAGUGGGUGCUAAAAUGCACUGUGACAGCUAAUUGUUACGACAAUCAGGCCUAAAACCGGUGCUACAUAGGCAAACUGAGCACAUUUAUAGUGCACCACUGGUCACUUAUAACCAAUCUGAGAUUAGAUACCCCUCGUCUAGCAGACGAGUGUAGCAGAGUGCCUCAAUGAUUCCACAAAUUUACAGACGACAUUUUCUAUUACAGUUGUAGCAAACAAAAUAUGUAUCUGCCUUUUUAGUCAUGCGUAAUUGUUCAUAUUUAAUGUAUUUAUUGAUUAAGACUAUAGCACAAACCUUGACAAAGUAUCAACUUUGACUUUCAAUACUGAAAUUUGCUCCAUGACCAUCAGCUGUUCACCAUGCCAAACAUUUGAUGUAGCUUAUUGCUCUGGAGUACAGCCUGGACCCUGUGACCUCGGCACUCAGUAUUCUAAAAUUCUGGAGUUCUGAAGGAUCUGAGUGUGUUCUGGCAUUCUGAUAGCAAGCACACUUUUAGUUUUUUAGAAAACAACUGGACUGACCCCUCCUUUUGUUCGGACUGUCUAUGGAGAAUUGGCUGAAGUCAGCUAUGAAAAACUGCUUCCUGCAUCCAGUUUCCAAAUGAACAAUAUUUGUUCACAUGAAACACAAUGCAACUUUACAAGGACUUCAUCGAGUUUAUUCUUGAAUGUUCUGUUUUGUAAAUAUUUGUUUUUUUAGUAAAACAAGACAUUUCUAUGCA